GCCACUUCCGACUGUGUGUUUAUAUAAAACGCUCUCGAUGUUGAGUGUCCCUAGCUUUAACGUACCACUGAACGUGUCGUUUGACCCACAAAGGCAUCGCGCGGGGAGUUCAUAAAAUAAUGGUAGAUACCUUCGUUUGGAGACUCCUGGCUGUGGGGACUUUGCUAUGUUCGCUUCAUAGAAUACACGCUAAAGAAUGCGAAGAUGUUUACCCUUCUCGGUGCAUAAGAUGGAAGCAAGAUGGUCAUUGCACUUCAAAGUCACUACGGGACUACAUGACUAAAGUCUGUCCGAGAACUUGUGGACACUGUCAGCCUGCGUGCAAAGACACGGUGAAGGGCUGUGAUUACUGGAGGCAGCAAGGGCACUGCAGUCCUGGCUCUCGCUACUACAAGAACAUGCAACAAUUCUGCAAGGCGACCUGCAACCUAUGCCCUGGCCAGCCGCAAGCCACAGCACCCCCGCCCACAAGACCUCCAGUUCAACCAAACACCGCCAUGCCGGCUUGCGUGGACUCGUACCCGCUCGAGUGUGGUGGAUAUCGACACAGGGGAUUCUGUAGGCCUAGCUCGCAGUACUACAACUACAUGAUACGCGUCUGCAGGAAGGCAUGCGGAUUCUGCCGGGAUCAACCAAAUCCAAGACCUACACCGUCGAUCCACCGGACCAUCCAGCCAACUAAUCGUCAAGGAGACUGCGCCCGCUCAUCUCCUCUCGGCCUUGGCAGCGGUGUUAUUCCCGACAGCGCGUUCACAGCCUCUUCGUACCGCGUCCUUGGGAACUGGGCAGCCGCGCCUUUCAUGGCUCGUUUAAACGCCCGUGACAAGUCUCAGGGGAGAAAUAACUUUAUCGCGGCUUGGUGCGCAGCUAGACAGUCCAAGAGCGAGUACCUACAGAUCGACGUCGGCCGGACGGUAGCCAUCACUCACAUUUCCACCCAGGGACGGCACGGCAGCCCCGAGAUGGUCAAGCAGUACCGCCUAUCAUAUAGUACCAAUGGGCGCGACUUCUACUACUACCAGGAGAACGGCAUAGCCAAGGUCUUCAAAGGCAAUGAUCGCCGGGAAGAAGUCCAGACUAACAGUAUCAAGUACCCGUUUCCCGCGCGUUUUGUGCGGGUCCAUCCCGUAAGCUGGCAUCUCAUUUGCAUGCGCGUUGAGCUCUACUCCUGCAGCGAGGACGGUAGCAGGCCUGGCCCAGAUCCCUCGGUCUCGCCACCCACAGGAAGCCCAUGUUUGGAUCGCGACUCAAACUGCGCCAACUGGGCCAACCAAUGGCAGUGUUUGAAAAAUAAGGAGUGGAUGACCAGAAACUGUCCGAAAAGUUGUAGGGCAUGUGGCCCGGACACUCCGAUAGAGCCGGCUAAACCAAAGCCACGGUUCGACUGUGGUAUCAAGUACACGAGUAACAUCAUCGGCGGUACGGACGCGGCCGUGGGGGAAUGGCCCUGGCAGGUCUCUCUGUACCUUACUCAUUACGGGCCUGUCUGUGGAGGGACCCUGCUGACGUCAGAGUGGGUGUUGACCGCUGCCCGCUGCUUUCGUGACAACAAGCGGGCUGGUGAAUGGAAGGUUAUUCUGGGAGAGACUGACUUCUACCGCAAGGAAGGUGGCGAACAAGAGAUCGCUGUGUCAAGAAUCGUCAUCCACCCGAAGUACCGAGAUGCUGACGAGCAUGACGUAGCGCUCGUCCAACUCACGAGACCUGCCCGACCGACAACACGAGUCAACACUAUAUGCCCUCACGACGGUGAACCCAGCUUAAAGGCCGGGACCGUGUGUUUCGUCACAGGCUGGGGCAAUGUGCGUGAGGACGGCCAAUCAACAAGCAUCUUACAGCAAGCUGUCAUGCCAUUGGUUGAUGAUGCCACGUGCUCACGAAAUCGUCGAUUGCGCAGUCGGUUCAAUGCAAAGAGCAUGCUUUGCGCAGGGCCUGACCGCGCAGGUAGAGCUACAUGUGAGAGAGACACAGGGGGACCCCUAGUUUGUCGAGAUCCUGGUCAAGGCCGCUGGAUUCAGAUCGGCAUCGUCAGUUGGGGUCACGGGUGUUCCACGCGUGGAUUAUACGGAGCCUACACGCGCGUGCAGACUUACGAAAAUUGGAUUAUGAGGCAUAUAGGUAUUGACAAGGAACUAGAGCCUUGAUAGGUUAGAGCUUGGGGGGAGGGGUGGGGGGCGGGGAGGAAGGGCCCUGGGCCAUGGGUGUUCUACGUGUUUAACUGCACAGGUCCUACACGCGAGUGUACAUAUACAAAAAUCAGAUUAAGGGGCGUAUAGGUAUUGACAAGGACCUAAUAUCCUUAUAUAAGAGAUGAGAGGUGCUAGGGCCUACCAGUGGAUUGUAUGGGGAAGCCACGCGCGUGAAGUCAAAUAAAAAUUUGGAUUAAAGCACAUCCGUUGAAUCCCAAUAACUUUGCUUUAUAAGGGAAAAAUAUUUCAAAUCAUGUAUUAUCGAGAAUAAAGAAGUGUACAGAAGUA